GAAAAUUCCAUGGUUUCAACCCCAAAAUUUUAUAUUUUGACCCUAAAGAAAAAAAGAGAGAACUCAACAGAAUGAAUUAUAAAUGGAAUUGUCUCCACUUGUAAAAGCGGUAUCGUAUCUCUUGCCCUUAAAGCAAAGAACUUGUCUCUCCUUCUCCAUUCACUCCUCUAUUGGAACAUCAACACAAGCACACAAUUCUCUCUGCCUCUCUCUCUCUCUCUCUCUCUCUCGAUGAAGAACCAAAAGGAUCAAAACUCAUCAUUGCCAUCUUCAUCACCAUCUCUAACAGCAAAGCUUCUCAAUGCUCAAUACCAUCACUUCCUCAAUCUCCUUUCGUAUUCCCUUAUCCUCUGUAGUGGCAUAAUCGUUGGCAUACUUCUGCAUUCAUCUCUACAAGACUUCUCUUCUACGUCUUCACUCAGCAUCCAACGCAUCUCUCAGCUCUUCGUCGUCUCCUCUCUUCCUCUUCCUCCUCCUUCCCCUCCUCCUCCUUCUCCCCCUUCUCCUCCCCCACCUUCUCCUCCUUCUGAUGAGCCCGAGCACGAUGGGCUUGAACACUUUAUUAAACCACCAGAGAAGCUUAUGCAUGACAUGGAAGACGAAGAGCUUCUGUGGAGAGCUUCAAUGGAGCCUAAGAUCAAGAGUUACCCUUUUCCUCGAACACCAAAGGUUGCUUUCAUGUUCAUGACAAAGGGUCAUUUGCCUCUUGCUCGUUUAUGGGAGAGGUUCUUUCGUGGGCAUGAAGGUCAUUUUAGCAUCUACGUUCACUCCUAUCCUUCUUACAACCAGUCCGAUCCCGAAAAUUCCGUCUUCCAUGGCCGCCACAUUCCAAGCAAGAGAGUGGAUUGGGGAUAUGUGAAUAUGGUGGAGGCAGAACAAAGAUUACUAGCAAAUGCUUUAUUAGACCUAUCAAACGAACGAUUCGUACUUCUUUCCGAAUCAUGCAUCCCUCUUUUUAACUUCACCACCGUGUACUCUUACCUCAUUAACUCAACUCAAACUCACGUUGAGUCCUACGACCAACUUGGUGGCGUUGGACGUGGCCGAUACAGCCCACUGAUGCAGCCACAUGUUCAGUUACACCACUGGCGCAAAGGCUCCCAGUGGUUCGAGAUGGACCGUGCCAUGGCCCUUGAGAUCAUCUCCGACAGAAUCUAUUGGCCUCUCUUUUACAGUUUUUGUCACCACGGUUGCUACGCCGACGAGCAUUACAUCCCGACACUCCUAAACAUCAAAUCGAGCCUGAAACGACGCAACUCUAACCGGACUCUCACGUGGGUCGACUGGUCGAAAGGUGGCCCACACCCGAACCGGUUUAUUAGACAUGAGGUAACUGCGGAGUUCAUGGAGAACCUUAGGAGUGGUGGUCAGUGUCUUUACAAUGGAGAAGAGACGAAUGUUUGUUACUUAUUUGCUCGCAAGUUCUUGCCUACUGCUCUAGACCGGUUGCUCAGGCUCUCACGUACUGUUUUAUAUUUCUGAUUUUUUUUUUUUGGGCAAAAUAUUUCUGAUUAUAAUUUUUUCUUUUCACAUUUUUUUAUUUUUCAUCUUAAUAUUGUGUAAUCUUUUGAUUAUUCGUAAAUGAGGAGUAUUUUAUUUUGGGUGAUAUU